AUGGACGUAACUAAAUUUCCUUUACCUCAAGGACUUAAAGUACAAUUAGAUAAAAUUCGAGCUAAACGUGCAUUUAACCCAGCAGAAUGGAUAGAAAAGAAAUGUACUAUGUUAAAUAAUUAUUUUAAAGAAUGUGGAUUAAAAGGAAUUGUAUUAAAUUGCUCAGGUGGAAUUGACUCUUCAGUUACUGCAGCAUUAUGUGUUCAUGCACAAAAAAUGCCUAAUUCUCCAAUUCAAAAAAUCCUUUGUUUAGCACAACCAAUUCACUCUACAGCGUCAAUUCAAAAUAAAGCAUUUAUUGUAUGUGAACAUCUUGGAAUUGAAAUUAAGACAAUUGAUCAAACUACAAUAUUUGAUAAUCUUCAUUCACUUGUCGAAAGUUCAGUCGGAUUAAAAGGAAAUGCUUUUUCUGAUGGACAAUUAAGAAGUUAUAUGAGAACUCCAACUGCUUAUUAUGUAUCACAAUUAAUGAGUGCUAAUGGAAUUCCUUCUGUUGUUAUGGGAACAGGCAAUUUUGAUGAAGAUGGAUAUAUUCUUUAUUAUUGUAAAGCUGGUGAUGGAGUUGUUGAUUUAAGUCUUAUUUCUGAUCUUCAUAAAGCAGAAGUUUAUCGAGUUGGUGCUGAACUUAAACUUCCAGAUAUUAUUCUUGGUGCAGUUCCAUCAGCAGAUUUAUGGUCAGGACAAACUGAUGAAGAUGAAAUAGGAUGUAGUUACCAAUUUAUUGAAUUGUAUACAGAAUAUUUAAUGAUGAAUGAAACAGAUAAAAAAUCAUUUAUCAGUGCAUUAGAUGAAACUUCAUUGAAACAAUUUAAUGAAUGGAGUGAGAUUGUUCAAAAGAUUCAUAAGAGAAAUUCACAUAAAAAAUUCCUUCCCAAAACAUUACCAGUUUAUAAAAAUAUGGAGGAAUUCUUAAAUCAUUAA